AUGCGGAAAGGAAAGAAAGCCAAGGGGAAGAAGAUGGCUCUGGCCCCUGCUGUCGUGAAGAAGCAGGAGGCCAAGAAAGUGGUGAAUCCCCUGUUUGAGAAAAGGCCAAAGAAUUUUGGCAUUAGACAGGACAUGCAGCCCAAAAGAGACCUCGCCCGUUUUGUGAAAUGGCCCCGCUAUAGCAGGUUGCAGUGGCAGGGAGUCAUCCUCUAUAAGCGACUAAAAGUGUCUCCUGCGAUUAACCAGUUCACCCAGGCCCUGGACCACCAAACAGCUACACAGCUGCUUAAGCUGGCCCACAAGUACAGACCAGAGUCAAAGCAAGAAAAGAAGCGGAGUCUGUUGGCCCAGGCGGAGAAGAAAGCGCCGGCAAAGGGGACACUCCCACUAAGAAGAACACCUGUCCUUCAAGCAGGAGUUAACACCAUCACCACCGCAGUGGAGAAUGAGAAAGCUCAGCUGGUGGUGAUUGCACAGGACAUGGAUCCCAUGGAGCUGGUUGUCUUCUUGCCUGCCCUGUGUUAUAAAAUGGGGGUCCCUUACUGCAUUAUCAAGGGGAAGACAAGACUGGGACAUCUAAUCCACAGGAAGACUUGCACCACUGCUGCCUUCACACAGGUUAACUCAGAAGACAAAGGAGCACUGGUGGAAGCUAUCAGAACCAAUUACAACGACAGACCCAAUGAGAUCCAUCGUCACUGGGGAGGCAAUGUCCUGGGUCCCAAGCCUGUGGCUCCCAUUGCCAAGCUCAAAAAGGCAAAAGCUAAAGAACUUGGCACAAAACUGGGUUAA